AGCCUGGGUGCAAGUGGGAGAGGAAGGUCUGCUGUGGAAGCGAGGGGGAGGGAGCACGAGCAUUGCCCCAACAAGCGCCGACAAGGGAGGAGCAGGUGCCAGGGAAGAAGAAGGAAGCCAUGGCCGGAAGACGGGCGAGAGGACUGCUAGACGCCGAAAUGGACGACGGGGAUACCCUCGGCCUCUCCCACUCGCUGAAUGCCAUGGCAACUCGCACCGAGGGAGAGGAAGACAUUGAAGACGAGGAGGAGGAGGAAGAGGAGGAGGAAGAAAAUGAUGGCUCUGGGGAUGAGGAAGAGGAAGGGGACGAAGAAGACGUGCAGCGGAACAAGGAGAACCAUCCGACAGAGAAUGUGUCCGGAACGGCGAGAGUGAACUAUUUGCUGGCGUUCAAGUACCUAGAGGAAACAUACACGUCAGCGCAAACACUUUUUGAGAUGAAGCCGGACUUUGAUCUCCUAGGGUAUAUCUUGAGUUUGCCAAUGUCUUGUAUGGACCGACCUCCUGUGGACACUGCCGAUGGACGAAGAUCAAGGGAGGUCAGAUUCCCUGCAGAGUACCAUGUUACGGUUCUCAUGGCGUCUAUGGAGAGGGCUCCCUGUGGGGACCACUUGCCUUGGGUGGGCAUGAUUGAUCCUGCCGAGUGCACAUCCGUUGAUCAGGUGGACCUGCAAAAACUUCGCUCAGGCGGCUACACCAUCUGGAUUUUGGGCGCCGGCCACUGUCGUGAGGCACGGAGCCGUUUGAUGGUGAAGCACCCUCAGGUUGACUUCUACAAGAGGAAUGUCUACUAUGUGUACGUUGGACUUACAGUGGAGGAAUCCCUGCUGAUUGGCCAUGAGCACAACAAUGCUGCUGGGUAUCACAAAAAGUUGACUUUCGUUCAGAGGAUGCGCUGCUGGAGGGACGUGUUUGAGAGGUUGGGGUGUGAGAAAACGAACGAGGCGAAAAAGCCAUGCUUGGAGGCGCUCGGUAUCCCAACAUUUUCAUGGAACUAUAUUGGUCCCCUGGAUCUUCAGCUUCAGAUUUGCAUGAAAGGACCAGAGGUGUGGGGCUUGCUCUCUGACAUUUUCACUCUGUGGGAGCAGGCCAAGAUCAAAGCUGUGAAGAUGAAGAAGGGCGUGGAAGUUAAGAGCGGGGUCCUGUCGCUUGACGAGAUGAACAACAAGUUCACGCUUCUCAAGAUUCGUCAGAGGACAGUGACUGCUUUCGUGAAAGGGGUGGGGGCAGACAGUUGGGAGGCUGCCAAAAAGGAGUUCCCGGUGCAUACGCAAGAGGCUAUGUUGUCGCAAUACUAUGGGUUGUAUGAGAGGAAUGUCAAGGAGACUCCUAUUGCUAUGCAGCUGUACAUUGCCAAGGCCCUCAACUACAAGGACAAGUUGCGCCUUUCACAGCAAGAGGAGCAAACUGCAGCAACACAAGAUCCUGAGGGCCUCCUGACAAACUGGACUGCUUUCGAGGGGGAGGGCUACAAGGGAACCGUGAAGGUGGCGCACUGUGACAUGCUUCAGCUACCUGAGAAAGUGCAGGACAGACUCCCCUUCACCUUGUGCAUUAUGGACUUCCCUUGCGGCUACAACGCAGAGGAUUCUAUGGAUGAUGAGGAGCCAUUCAGGAAGCCCCAGAUAGAGGCCAGCAUUGCGAGUUUCAAGAAGAUCACAUGUGCACCCUAUUGGGUCAUUGCUGGAUUCUGCUCAUCAAACAUGCUCACUGAUGUGAAAUCCACAUUCUCAAGUGCUUGCAAUUGUGGGGUGGAGGAGGGCAUUUGGGUGGCUCCCAACGUUUCUACUUCUGCACGUCUCAAGCUCACUAACUGUUGGCAGCAUUGUAUUAUUGGUUUUCAUAGUGAGAGCGGCUGCAGGGAGCCCAUUCAGUUUCAGUUCAUCGACUCUGACACCAGAAUGACCUGCUGGAAUCACAAUGCGGUGGUGAGGAAGUACACUUUUGCUGCAAACAACGAGAUUUUGUGCCCCUACCAGAAACCCAUUUCUUUGUAUGAAUGGCUGAUCAAGAAGUUUUCUGACCCGAAUGACUCAUACAUAGUAGAUGCUUUCUCAGGAUCAGGGACUGGAGCCUUUGCAACACUGUUGUCCAAGAGACAUGUGUUGGUCGUUGAGAACGACCUGCGUUGUGUGAGGGGGAUCAGGGCAAGGUUGGUAGGGAGAGGCUUCGUUGAGACUGCCGCCAAGGAGAUCGAUACCCGGGGCCGCACAGUGGCAGAGGGUUGGUGGCACGCCUGAGGCUUCGAGGCAUGCAUGAGUUGAUGCAGACCCUCCACUCGGUCCACGUAGAUUUCAUUGACUUGUCUGCGGCGUGCUUACUUUGCUAUUGAGAC